AUGGGAUGCGUACUCAGCCUUCUACGUCUGAGCCGUCUCAAACCUCCCAUUCACCUAGAACCUCCGAGUCUCAAACCUCUGAGUCCUCCAGAACAUCCCAGCUCUCCCGAACCUCCGACUUCUCUCGAACCUCCCAGCUUUCCCAGCUCCGCAGAACCACUCAGUCUUCUAGAACCCCCUCGUCCUUCAUCAAGUCAACAUAUCUUGGAGGGGGCUCGCGAUACUAAGAUACUAGGGCAGGUGAUGUUCAAUAACGUUGCCGGCCACCAAGUUCAAAAUCAUAACUACUAUUUUACCAAUCUGCUUUGGGAAGCGAUUAAAGACGUCGGAGCAUCUCAUAAUUCCGAACAACAGGUUGACCGUGGCCAUUGUCUUCCUGGAACUCGUGAAGCGGUGCUUGAACUUAUUCGACAGUGGAGAGUUUCCGGAUGCCAGAGUCAACCAGUAUGUUGGCUUUCUGGUGCUGCGGGCGUAGGGAAGUCAGCUAUCGCGUUGACUGUCGCCGAGGAAUGCGAGAAGGAUGGGCUUGUGGCCUCAUUCUUCUUCUUUAGAUCAGAUCCCAAGCGAAACAACCCGUCCUCUCUCGUUUUAUCCAUUGUGCAUGGCCUCGUGGUCAAAAGACCACAUCUGAAAGCUGUUAUCAACGAGAAAAUUGCUGCUGACCCUGGGAUACUCAAAGCUAGAUUGGAGAAUCAGUACAGGGAAUUGAUUCUGGAGAAUCUCGAUCAUCCGACUCCCCCUUCAUCCGCUCAAAGUAGCCCCGAUCUAGUCAUCAUCGAUGGCCUGGAUGAAUGUAGCGAUGCUGCUACCCAACGACGCAUCCUCUCCAUCAUAUUUUCCACAUAUCGACAACCAUUUCGUUCCCCUUUGCGAUUCCUCAUAUGCAGCCGCCCUGAAGCCUGGAUCAAACCGGAAUUUCAGGGGUUCAGUGAGUUGACCAAGCACAUCAAACUGGAUGAUUCACUCCAUCCCUGGUACGACAUCGAACUAUACCUCAAUCAGCAGUUCCAGGAGAUCCGCAGAGACCCCAAAUAUUCACAGGUUGAAUUCCCGGACCCGUGGCCGUCUCCCUAUCAUGUUCGGUUGCUGGUUGACAAAUCUGAUGGUCAAUUCAUUUUUGCAAAGACUACCACCAUGUUCAUCAAGGCGGACUACGCACUUCCAACUGACCAGCUUUGCAUCAUCUUCGAUACCAUAUCCAACCAGUCCCCCGACUCCCCGAGAGAGUCACCGUUCGACGAUCUAGACAAACUCUAUUUCAUGAUAUUGCGUGCCAACCCUGACCGCAAUAAGCAUCUGCUCCCCAUUCUCGCAAUGAUCGUCAUAAUUCAGGACAUAUCUCCGGCAUUCAUCGAACUCGUGCUCGGACUGCCUCAUGGCACGGUUGCUCAGACAAUACGUACGAUGCACUCGGUGCUCGAUGUCCGCGAUCGGGACGAUGACAUUAGGAUUUACCACACAUCUUUCACCGAUUUCCUCCUCGAUCAGGCACGGUCAGGGGAGUUCUUCAUCGACAAGUCCAAGUGGGAGGACUUUCUGGCCUGUUGGUGGACUAGGGCUCUGACUGAGCAGUGCAAAAAAGACCCUGAGCUGCUAAGAUAUCCACCUGGUUCUUUAAAGAGGUUUGUAGACGGCUGGAAUGAAUUCCUUGACCGAGUGGAUGGCCGUAUGAGUAGCGUGCUGAUGUUGGGGCUGGAUGCUUUCUACGACGCAGCCUUGUCCAUCUCCAUGGAGUUAGUGGGUCACGACAUGCUCCUUCACAUACUUGCGGCAAUUCUAAUGCUUCCAUCUGAUUCAUGCUUUCCUGAUUUCAUCGGACUAUUGCUUGGACUUCGCAAAGAAGUUCUGGAUCAGGCACUGCGGUCAAUGGACAAAAUGAUUUCCUCGUUUUCGAGCAGCCCGCAUCACAUUCGCAUCAGGAAUCAGCAUUCCACCAUCCGAGAUUUCCUCGUUGACCGUUCUCGGUCAAGGAGCUUUUUCAUUGACAAAUGCUCUCAGAGCAACUUUCUUGCACUGCGUUCCCUCUUUGUGUUGCAGACAGAUGAUAGCCGGGCUCAGGACAGGGUACUGUCGGAGAUCUUACUCGAAAAUUGGGCUCACAUCUGCACUGACGUCGACAAUCCUACCGAGGAAUUGUUGUUCGAACUUUACCAGAUGGAUUUGAAUACCGUCCUCGCAAAGUUUCUCGACCUUGGUUUGUAUCACUUGUUCCGUGGCUUCGAAACCAUCUCAACUUGGCUAAAUUCUAGAACCAAUGGCGUAACCCCGCCCGAUCUUAUUGAUCGUUUCAGAAACGUCCAAAGAGGAUUUCACAUUCGAAGUACGAGACAGGAUGUUGAAUCUGGACGCCACUAUGGCAUCAUCACCAUGAUCAUCCUUUCCAUCGUCAAAUGGACCUGGUCCAAUGAUCGGGUAUGUGCCUCAUUGAUAAUGAGAGAUUUUGUGGACCCCCAGUCCAAGAGUUUCCGUGCAUCGGUAAAGGCCGAACUCAGCCGAGUUUUGCGGGUGCUCUGGGCCCGCAUUUAA